UUGUUUAUUUUGAUUUGGUUCUUAUCCGACAGAUACAAGUUGUGUGAAUGCUUGUCAAACUCCACAUAUCACGUCAAAUAAUUAAUUUUUAUCUUAUUUUUUUUUAAACACGGCUAUAACUAGUGUAUAACACCAAGGACUGACUGGCCGGCAGCUAGCCUAUGGAAUUGACACAUUGCUAGCUAUUUCUAGCUACCGCUAUUUGUUUUAUCGGUGCGAAAAAAAACCACUGCUAUCUAUCUAAGUAGCUGUCUGCGUUUCUUUGCUUUCUUCCGACUACGAUCUAAUGACUGUAAAUAUCUCAGAUACGACGAUUAUAAAGUAACAACGUAGCGUAUCGCCUAAAUCAGUGAUGAGCAGAGAAAUUCACGCAAAAUGUUUUCCCAGGUCUCACUGCACGAGGGGUGGAGGAAGGAGACAGAAGCAACGAUGCGAGGGCGAAGCGAAGAGCAGCGUGUCGGUUCCUCGCGGCACCUGCAUGACCAUGUGCCCCGCUUACGAGCUUCGGCAGCGGGAGCUACAGAACCGGCUGCACCGCUUUGAGGUGCUGACCGGCACGGAGCACGACCGUCUGCCCCGCGCAGAUGUCUCCUGCACAGUUAAAGAAUACUCACGCCCAGCGGCCGGUAAAGACUCCACGAGAGCCACCGACCUACGGCCCCCGGACAUUCUGUUAAAGACUGUGUAUUAUCUGGUGGAUGACAUAGCUGCCUCCUCCACACUUCACCCUUGGACUGAGGUCUACAGCUUUGUGUUUGACCGCUUGCGAAGUGUGCGUCAGGACAUGAUCAUCCAGCGCAUAUCUGGCCCGGAGUGCGUAGCGGUGCUGGAGAGGACCGUGCGCUUCUUGCUCUUUGCAUCGUACCGGUUGUGCGGCCAGCCUCUGCGGCUCUUCGACUCGUGCAUCAACGACACACACCUACAGGAGUGUCUGAGCUGGCUUCUAGAAUGCUACCGUGAGGGUCAGCACCAGCACCAGGAGGAGUUCCAGGCCCUCAGCCUACUUUACAACCUGGGUUCGGCGCAAGCUGUUCAGCAUGUCCUGGAGUUGCCUGGAAGCGUGCGCCUCUCUCCGCCUGUCCGGCUGGCCCUGGCCAUCGGGAGAGCCUACGUGGAGCGCAAUCCUGUCCGUCUCCUACGCUUGGCCCGCAGGCUGGACUUCCUGCAGGGGUGUGCCCUCCACCGGCAUCUCCUGCCCUGCAGGAGAGACCUGCUGCUGCUCUACAGCCAUGGACACAGCAGCCGAAACUGCCGUUUCCCCAUCCAAAAGCUAGCAGACAUCCUCUCCCUGGAGAGUUCCCUAACCGCUCAGCUCUGCCGGGCACAUGGGAUACACGUUGGUGGCGAGUGGGUGAUCUUCUCCAAGGGCUCCUUCACUGAGAGCCUGUCUGAGGAGCUGCAAUGUGCCCAAAUGCACAGGCUAUUGGAAGACAAGCAGCAAGACCUUACAGUCAGCGAUAUCAUUCAUGGCGUGGCUUGAUUGUCACAUUUAGGGAGUUGAUCACUCAAAAGGCCAAAGUUUUCUUUUUAAUUUACGGAUGUAAACCUGGAAUCAUAUUAUAGUACUGGUGUACCAAUUAUGCAUUUAAAGCUAAAGGAUUUUGCUGCAUUCUGGGACUAUUUACACUUGUUCACUGUUAAAUCAAGUUGGUGACUCAUCAUCAGCACUGAGGUGUUACAAAAAGCCUUUGUGAGUAUUUCAAUGACGUUUUCUGUUUUUACAGGUGAAAGUAUUGAAAUUUGAAAAGUAAUAAAAUCUAUUUUUAUUCUU